GAGACGCGCUGCUCGCAAUGAAGCCGGCUCUGGGCGUGACGCUAACGUCCUGGCAGGCGUCGUCCAGUUGCGGGCUGCUCGGGUUCGUGCAGCAGACGAAUGAGUUUGGUGCGGUUUCGUGCGAUGGGUCGGGAAACGUCGUUUGGAUGAACUUUCACAUGCAGUCGCUGAAGGGAAGCAUGCCUACCGACAUCAGCAAGCUCUCCGCUCUCACCUUCCUCAAUCUCUGCUACAACCUGCUGCAUGGAAGCUUCACGCCAUGGACAGCCACGCUGAUGCAAAUGCCUCAACUCAUCGAUUUGCGAAUCUGUGCCAACUGGUUCUACGGCACCAUCCCAACAUCCUUCAUCAACCUCACACGCCUAACAUUCCUAACCGUAUUCUCCAACUAUCUCGUGGGCGCGAUCCCCCCACUCCCCCCUUCGCUCGUAAAUUUUUACGUCGAUAAAAACUUCUUCAUCGCCCGUUCCCCCUCCGGUGUCUCACCCGCCGUCUGCCACACCAACUGCUUCACCAGCAGCCCUCCUGCUGCCUGCCCCCUCUCCACCCAAAGACCCGCUGCCGACUGCGUGUUUUGCGGCGGGGUGGCCGGGGCGACGGGCAUGUGCAGGGGGUUUGUGGAGGGGUGCACACCAGAUCCCACUGGGCUGAGCGUGCCGAAUGGGGGCAGUGUUACUGCGCUGCUCCCGCAAUUCUGCGAGGCUGCCUAUGUUCUCCCUGCGCAGGUGUCCAUCCUGCUAUCGCUCAAGUCAUCCCUCGGCGUGACGGACAGCACAUGGGCAGGCACAGGGGAGUGUACGGGGGAGAAGGCCUCUCAGUCCUCGCCCUACUGGGCUGGCGUCAAAUGCUCCGACACUGGGGCUGUCACAAGCAUCGCUCUGCGCACGCAAGGCCUCUCUGGAUCGCUGCCCGCAACCAUCUCGUUGCUCUCAACGCUCACCUCCCUCGAUCUGAGCUCUAACCUCUUCAACCAGCAGCUGGACGGCUUUCUCUCGGACGUGUACUUGCUCACUCAACUCAAGCAGCUGCUCCUCGGAUACAACUGGUUCUAUGGUUCAGUCCCCUCCACCAUCUCUCAGCUCUCCAAACUAACUGGCUUGUCCCUCUUCUCCAACUAUCUCACCGGCUCGCUACCCUCACUCCCCUCCUCCCUCCGCGCCCUCGACAUAGCAUACAACUUCCUCUUUGGCUCGCUCCCUACCCUCCCCUCCACCCUCUCCCACUGCGCGGCCGAACACAACUGUCUUAUCCCCGCCGCUGCCGCUCCCUGCGCUCGCUUCGGCUCCACCCAACGCCCUGCAGCAGUGGCGGGAGCAGCAGUGGCGACGGCCACGGAGCGGUGUGCGGUGUGUGGGAUGGGCACGGCGACGGAAGCAAGCGGGUGCUUUGAUGGGGAGUGUGUGGUGUCUGUGGCUCCAGUGGUGGCGCAGGCGGGACCAAACGGCCCGGCUCAAUCCGUGCAGGAUAUGCAGUGCUCAGGCAGCUCACAAGCCUCGAUGGCUGAUGCUACAGUGACUGCUCUUCUAUCUCUCAAGAGUGCGUUGGGAGUGACGGCCGCGGCAUGGGGCAGUGGGGGGUGCAAUGUGGAGGGAUACACCUCGGGCUCUGACUGGCUGGGCGUGGCCUGCGACUCCCUCGGGAACGUCGUCUCCAUCACCUUCGACAGCAACCUAUUCUGGACACCGCUAGCCUCCUUCGUCUCCUACCUCUCCUCCCUCUCCAACCUCGUCGUGCUCGACCUGCAAUACAACUGGUUCUACGGCACACUCCCCGCCUACCUGCUCAAUCUCCCCAGCCUCACCAGUCUAGCCCUGGGAGGCAACUACCUCACGGGCACCGCGGAGCAAGAGGAGGCGGCGGGGAGGGUGGUGGUUGGGGAGGGGGAGAAGGUGGUGGUUGGGGAGGAGAUGGGGGAGGGAGAGGAGGAGGGGAGGGUGGUGGUUGGGGAGGGGAGGGAGGAGGAAGGGGAGGGGGAGAGGGUGGUGGGUCGGGUGGGGAGGGAGGGGGAUAGGGAGGGGGGAAGGGUGGGGAAUUGGGAGGUGAGGGAGGAGGAUAAGGAGGGGGGAAGGGUGGUGGGUGGGGAGGUGAAGGAGGAGGGGGGGAGGGAAGCGCAGGAGUUGCUUCAGGAGGGGAGGGGGGAGGGAGAGGAGGAAGAGAGGGUGAUGUAUCGGGAGAGGUGGGAGGGGAGGGUGGGGGUGAUGGUGGUGGUGAUGGUGAUGGUGAUGGUGAUGGUGAUGGUGAUGGUGAUGGUGAUGGUGAUGGUGAUGGGGGAGGGGACAGGGGAGGUGAGUCAGAAAGGGGAGGUGAUGGGGGAAAGGGAGGUGGGGGGAAGGGAGGCGUUGUUGCUUCAGGAAGCGAGGGGGGAGAGAGAGGAGGGAGGGAGGGUGGUGCGUCUGGAGCGUUGGUGGGGGAAGGUAGGGGUGAUAGUGAUGGGGGGAUGGGAGGAGGCUGAGAGAGUGAGGCAGAAAGAGGGGGUGAUGGGGGGGAGGGAGGGGAGGGAAGUGGAGGCGCUGUUGCUUCAAGAGGAGAGGGGGGAGAGAGAGGAGGAGAAGGUGGGGAGGGUGAUGUAUUGGGAACGAUAG